AUGGCUCAAGAACAAGCAAGGAAUACCGGAGUAGAGUGGAGCAGGAGAGGACUGAUGACUUUACAGAGAGCCGCUGUUGACGGUUUAGUUAGAGGACAAAACUUAAUUACUAAUCAAAUAAACAAUAAUCAACAAACAUCAUCACCGCAACCCUCCCCGCAAGAACCAUCGCCAACAUCACCUCCUUCAACGGGUCUCCAGGCAUACUUACCUGGAAGAAUGUUGCCUGAGAACUUAUUAUCCCGAUUCUACUCUUCAACCUCAUCCACGUCCUCUACAUCCUCAUCCACGUCCUCUACAUCCUCACAAUCUUCAGCACAAAGCAAUACGCUUAGCAGUGACGUUUACGAUUCAGAAGAUACUAUUUAUGAUGCUCUUCCUGUUGAUGUUCAGAAUUACUCUCUUCAUGAUCAAGAGGCAUAUAUAUUUCAACAACGUAAACAACUUGAGCGCAUGCUUCGGACGCUUGAUGUAGCUGAAACCGAACUCACCCAACGAACGAGGCUUUCGCGAUCAGCAUCCGACUCUGCUACCCGACGUCGACAUCGAAAAAACAAUAAUCACGCGCGUCGAAGUUUAAUGGUUACCGAAGAAGACGAGGAACGGGAAUUUGAUUUCGAGCGUAUUGAGAGAUUUAAUGGCGGAGAGGACAUGUCCGAUGAAAUGAGACGAAGGCAGACCCGAGCUGUCGGGUUGACUAGUUUUAUUUCUGGCUAUUUUGCAAAGGCUGCUGUUAGUUGA